GUGUCAUUUCCCAUCUGGCAACUUCAUGUGCUGGGACUAUAAAAAAAGAGAAGAAGAAGAAAGACGCCAUUCGAAUAAAAGAAAUGAGAGAAGGAAGAAGAAGAAGAAGAACUGCUGUCAAUAAGUCAAGAGGAUUCUUCUUCCAGUGAAAGUCUCCUCAUUCUCCAUCUUCCUUCCAAUCUCUUCACACCAGCAAAAGUUUGCCUCUUGGAGCGGACAACUAACUAGAAACUUCUUCAGUCUUUCCGCCACUACUGAGUUGAGCUAAAGGCCACAAAGAACAAAAGCACCACCAUGUCUGAAGAACUCAGGCUGGUUCUGGUGGGAAAUACAGGAGUUGGCAAGAGUGCGUCUGGCAACACCAUCUUGGGCAGCGAGCACUUCCUGUCAGAGGCCAGCUUCUCCUCGGUGACCCGCACAUGUCAGCAGGGAAGCACUGAGUGGCUACUGGACACUGACCAGGAAAGACCAACAAGAGUGAAGGUGGUUGACCUACCAGGCUUCGGGGACACUCACAUGAGUGAGGAUGAGAUAAAUACUAUGAUGGCUGAAUGUUUGGCUUUCUGUGCUCCAGGACCACAUGCUUUUCUCUUGGUGGUGCAGAUAGGCCGUUAUACAGAUGAUGUGAACAAGGCUGCGCUAAAUGUAGCCAAGAUAUUUGGUGAGGAAGCCCUCAAAUCUCACACUGUGAUUCUUUUUACCAGAGGGGAUGAUCUUAAGGGGAGGAGCAUUGAAGAAUACCUGAGAGAAGCUCCGGCUGACCUUAAAGGUCUGAUCAAAAAAUGUGGCGGCCGGUACCACUUGUUCAACAAUGAAGACCCCGGUAAUGUGGCACAGGUUGAAGAACUCUUGAUGAAAGUGAAGAGGAUGGUGGAGAAGACUGAAACUGGGUUUUAUACCAAUGAUAUGUUCAAAAAGGCAGAGGCCAUCCUUCAGGAGGUGGAGAGGAAGAGCAGCAAGGUCAGUUUCAAUAGUCUGUCUCCACCUGCAUCUGGGGGAAACCCUCUCCCGUCUCCCUCAACUGCACUCUGGGAGAAGCUGAAGAAGGUAGUGGCUUCUGCUGCUAUAGGCUUGGUUUUGGGGGCAGCAUUUGGCGUGGCUUCCCCCUUAGCAGCUGCAGGCAUGGCAUAUCUUGUAGGGUCUGCAUCCGUCGCAGCAGCUGCCUCAGGAACAACUGCAUUAGCAGUCGGGGCGGGGGUCGGUGCAGGUGUGGGUGGCCUCGUUGGCAUUAUCUGCGGUCUUGAUGCUGAGAGUCCAAUGGAGGGCGUUAAGGAAACUGCUAAAACGGUUAGCAAAAUAGGAUGUGUUGCAGUAGUAGCUGGUGCAUGUGUCGGGGCUGCUGUGGGUGCAACUGCAGAAAUAGUUUCUGUUCUCCAGGGAACAUCUUCCAGCACAUCAGCAGUAGCAUCAGCUGGUGUGACCAGUGCCCCUGUUGCUCAAUCACGCAUCAUACCUGUAGUGAAGACCGUGGCAAAGGCAGCAGCAGGUGUAGCAGCAACAGGGGCAGCAGUAUCUUUUACAGUGAAAAUUGGUAAAAGAAAAACUCCCAACUCUGAAGAAAUGUACGUGGAGGUGGAUUUGAAUAAAAAGAACCAUUUUGAGCUAAAGGCCACAAAGAACAAAAGCACCACCAUGUCUGAAGAACUCAGGCUGGUUCUGGUGGGAAAUACAGGAGUUGGCAAGAGUGCGUCUGGCAACACCAUCUUGGGCCGCGAGCACUUCCUGUCAGAGGUCGGCUUCGCCUCGGUGACCCGCACAUGUCAGCAGGGAAGCACUGAGCGGCUACUGGACCAGGAAAGACCAACAAGAGUGAAGGUGGUUGACCUACCAGGCUUGGGGGACACUCACAUGAGUGAGGAUGAGAUAAAUACUAUGAUGGCUAAAUGUUUGGCUUUCUGUGCUCCAGGACCACAUGCUUUUCUCUUGGUGGUGCCGAUAGGCCGUUAUACAGAUGAUGUGAACAAGGCUGCGCUAAAUGUAGCCAAGAUAUUUGGGGAGGAAGCCCUCAAAUCUCACACUGUGAUUCUUUUUACCAGAGGGGAUGAUCUUAAGGGGAGGAGCAUUGAAGAAUACCUGAGAGAAGCUCCGGCUGACCUUACAGGUCUGAUCAAAAAAUGUGGCGGCCGGUACCACUUGUUCAACAAUAAAGACCCCAGUAAUGUGGCACAGGUUGGACAACUGUUGAUGAAAGUGAAGAGGAUGAUGGAGAAGAUUGAAACUGGGUUUUAUACCAAUGAUAUGUUCAAAAAGGCAGAGGCCAUCCUUCAGGAGGUGGAGAGGAAGACCAGCAUGGCCCGUUUCAAUAGUCUGUCUCCACCCACAUCUGGGGGAAACCCAGAGGAGGAGAGGAAGAGCAGCAUGGUCAGUUUCAAAAGUCUGUCUCCACCCACAUCUGCGGGAGACCUUUUUCCGUCUCUCUCAACUGCAGACUGGGAGAAGCUGAUGAAGAAGCCGAAGAAGGUAGUGGCUUCUGCCGCUAUAGGCGUGGCUUUGGGGGCAGCAUUUGGCGUGGCUGUCCCCGUAGCAGCUGCAGGCACGGCAUGUCUUGUAGGGUCUGCAGCCGUCGCAGCAGCUGCCUCAGGAGCAACUGCAUUAGCAGUCGGGGGGGCGGUCGGUGCAGGUGUGGGUGGCCUCGUUGGCAUUAACUGCGGUCUUGAUGCUGAGAGUCCAAUGGAGGGCGUUAAGGAAACUGCCAAAACGGUUAGCAAAAUAGGAUGUGUUGCAGUAGCAGCUGGUGCAUGUGUCGGGGCUGCUGUGGGUGCAACUGCAGAAAUAGUUUCUGUUCUCCAGGGAACAUCUUCCAGCACAUCAGCAGUUGCAUCAGCUGGUGUGACCAAUGCCCCUGUUGCUCAAUUAAGCAUCAUACCUGUAGUGAAGACCAUGGCAGGGGCAGGGGCAGCAGCAUGGGCAGCAGCAACAGGGCCAGCAGCACGGGCAGCAGCAGGGGCGGCAGCACGGGCAGCAGCAACAGGGGCAGCAGCAGGGGCAGCUGCAGGGGCAGCAGCACGGCCAGCAGCAUGGGCAGCAGCACAGGCAGCGGCAGGGGCAGCAGCAGCAGGGGAAGCAGCAGCAGGGGCAGCAGCAGGGGAAGCAGCACGGGCAGCAGCAUGGGAAGCAGCACGGGCAGCAGCAUGGGCAACAGCAAGGGCAGCAGCACGGGCAGCAGCACGGGCAGCAACAGGGGGCAGCAGCAAAGGGGGCAUCAGCAACAGGGGCAGCAGCAACAUGGGCAGCAGCAGCAGGGGCAGCAGCAGGGGCAGCAGCAAAAGGGGGCAGCAGCAACAGUGGCAGCAGCAACAGUGGCAGCAGCAACAGGGGCAGCAGCAACAGGGGCAGCAGCAACAGGGGGCAGCAGCAACAGUGGCAGCAGCAACAGUGGCAGCAGCAACAGGGGCAGCAGCAAAACGGGGCAGCAGCAACAGUGGCAGCAGCAACAGGGGCAGCAGCAACAGGGGCAGCAGCAACAGGGGCAGCAGCAGCAGGGAUAGCAGCAGCAGAGGCAGCAGCAGCAGGGAUAGCAGCAGCAGGGGCAGCAGCAACAGGGGCAGCAGCAACAUGGGCAGCAGCAGCAGGGGCAGCAGCAGCAGGGGCAGCAGCAAAAGGGGGCAGCAGCAACAGUGGCAGCAGCAACAGUGGCAGCAGCAACAGGGGCAGCAGCAACAGGGGCAGCAGCAACAGGGGCAGCAGCAGCAGGGGCAGCAGCAGCAGGGGCAGCAGCAACAGGGGCAGCAGCAGGGGCAGCUGCAGGGGCAGCAGCACGGCCAGCAGCAUGGGCAGCAGCAGGGGCAGCAGCACAGGCAGCGGCAGGGGCAGCAGCAGCAGGGGAAGCAGCAGCAGGGGCAGCAGCAGGGGAAGCAGCACGGGCAGCAGCAUGGGAAGCAGCACGGGCAGCAGCAUGGGCAACAGCAAGGGCAGCAGCACGGGCAGCAGCACGGGCAGCAACAGGGGGCAGCAGCAAAGGGGGCAUCAGCAACAGGGGCAGCAGCAACAUGGGCAGCAGCAGCAGGGGCAGCAGCAGGGGCAGCAGCAAAAGGGGGCAGCAGCAACAGUGGCAGCAGCAACAGUGGCAGCAGCAACAGGGGCAGCAGCAACAGGGGCAGCAGCAACAGGGGCAGCAGCAACAGGGGGCAGCAGCAACAGUGGCAGCAGCAACAGUGGCAGCAGCAACAGGGGCAGCAGCAAAAGGGGGCAGCAGCAACAGUGGCAGCAGCAACAGGGGCAGCAGCAACAGGGGCAGCAGCAACAGGGGCAGCAGCAGCAGGGAUAGCAGCAGCAGAGGCAGCAGCAGCAGGGAUAGCAGCAGCAGGGGCAGCAGCAACAGGGGCAGCAGCAACAUGGGCAGCAGCAGCAGGGGCAGCAGCAGCAGGGGCAGCAGCAAAAGGGGGCAGCAGCAACAGUGGCAGAAGCAACAGUGGCAGCAGCAACAGGGGCAGCAGCAACAGGGGCAGCAGCAGCAGGGGCAGCAGCAACAUGGGCAGCAGCAGCAGGGGCAGCAGCAGCAGGGGCAGCAGCAAAAGGGGGCAGCAGCAACAGUGGCAGCAGCAACAGUGGCAGCAGCAACAGGGGCAGCAGCAGCAGGGGCAGCAGCAGCAGGGGCAGCAGUAUCUUUUACAGUGA